GGCUGAAAAUCAUGAGCCACUCAAAUGGAGCCAUCUCAUAAUCAUAUAUUAUUAGCGAAAUAAAUAUAAGCCCCAGAAACCCAAAAUUGAAACAAAAAAAAAUCAGUCUUCAAUGGCUUCUCUGCUGAACCCACCUCUCACUCUGCCUCAAAACAAGCUGAACCCUGGGGGUGUCUUAUCUGUAUCUACUAGUGGAAUACCAAACAAAAUUUUUCAACCAUCUUCAACACGAUGGAGCCACAGGCGGCGUUUGAUGACGAGAGCUAAACCAUCGGUGGAAAUGGAUAUGCUGGCAAAAGAUUCUGUAGGCACCGACGCUGUUGAUGAUAAGGGUGAUCUUUCUUUUUCAUCUCAAGCAGCACAGUCAAAAUUUUCAUUUGCAGAUUUUGGAGUUGUUUGCAUGCACCACGUUGGGAUACUAUGUGAAAACCUUGAGAGGUCCUUAGACUUUUACCAGAACAUUCUUGGGCUAGAAAUAAAUGAGGCAAGACCACAUGACAAACUUCCCUAUAGAGGUGCUUGGUUGUGGGUGGGUUCUGAGAUGAUACAUCUAAUGGAGCUUCCAAAUCCAGAUCCUUAUACUGGUAGGCCUGAGCACGGGGGCAGAGACCGUCAUACUUGCAUAGCAAUUCGCGAUGUGUCUAAGCUGAAAGCUAUUCUUGAUAAAGCUGGCAUUCCCUACACUCUUAGUCGCUCUGGGAGACCGGCCAUUUUCACUCGAGACCCUGAUACUAAUGCACUAGAAUUUACUCAAGUUGAUGCUUGACAGGAUCUGGACUGCUUGCUCUCCAAUUUGUAAUCCUUAUAUAUAGUUAAAUAUACAGCUAUUGUGAAUAUAUAAAUAGGGGAUAUUCAACAAGUAGAAUCUAUUGGAAGCACUUCAGCUAUUAGUGGUUAUGGCUUAUCAAUCCCCACAAUGUCAUGUGCUAUUUAUGUGAUUUAAACAUCUGUGGUUGAUACAAUUUUCGCGAACAUGUGUACUGUUUACUCCUAUUUAAAUAACACCAUCUGCAGAGAUUUAUGCCA